AUGAGCACACCCCCUCUUGCUCGCUUUGACCUUCAUGAUAUCAGUAAUCUGACUCCCCAUGGACGUAAGAAAAGAAAUGCCCGAACUACCCGAAGGAGAAGAACAAAGCGGGAGAAGAAGUGUGCAGAAGAAUUCACGACUGCUCGACCACCCACUCAGUUUCGAAUCAUUCAAAAGAAACUGCGCCCAAUCGAUCUUUUUCCUGAUAUAACAGCUGAUUUCAAUCAACGGAAAGCUGAACAAAAACAACUAGUGGAGGCCCACAAGAAGGAUCCAAAAAAUAUUCCCAAACCCUGUGAGAAACAAAUCUUUGCACGAAACCCAACAACCGAGGAAAACAAUCUUGCUUUGGAAACUGUCAAAGAUUCGUUCAGUUUCAUCAAUUCAAAGUAUAACAAGAUUUACGACGAAAACAGCUCCAAACUUGUUGCGCUGGUCGAGUUUCUUAAAUUUGAAGAUCUCACAGAAGAACAAUGGGACGACCUCAACUUCUUGUGUCUAUUUCUACAAGAUUGCAAAGAGUUCAUCUCUCCGGUUGCCUCCAAAUCUCGAAAGUGCGCUGGGAUUAUGUGGGCUCUGGGGUGGCGGAAAGAUUACGACGGGAUCGAAAUUCUUGGUCGAUAUCGUGAUAAAAAGGCCAUCGAGAAUAACCCGGAGGGAUUCGAAAAGGUCAUGAAUCGAUCUAUUAGAGCAGGUGAAGUGCUAUGGAAAACUUUCCAUGGUUUUGCUGAUGUGGCUGUCGAAAAAAACCAGAAAUUUAUGGAAGACUUCAACAUUCCAUCAAUUGCCGACAACAACUUCCCUGAAAGCCCUGGAGAAAAAUAUCCAUUUGGUUUUGCUUCAAAUCUUGCGUUUUCUUCCCAUGGGUUCUAUAAUCAUCAUCAUCUCGAUUCUGGAGAUUCCUCUGAACUUCCACUAGCCUUUGCAUUGAUUAUUCCAACUUCAAAAUUAACCGGCAAGAUUGCGAAUGAUGACUAUGAUGUUACAAAUGGUCAAUUUAUUUUUAGAGAUUUACGUAUUGCUCUUGAUUUCAAACCACGCACUAUAUGUAGAAUGAUCUUCCGCGCACAAGAAUACGUCCAUGGUACUUUAUUGCCAACUGAACCAACGGUUUUUACAAAAUUAGGAUUAGCUCUGCAAGUAGCAACCAGGACAAGUAAUGCCUGUAAAUUGUAUCUUAACGGGACUUUCAAUGAUGACACUGACAUAUACUUUGGCGGUGUUGAUGCCCUUUUAGAAAAAAAUGAAUGA